AUGGUUGUUGACAAUUGUCCGGCCCACCCAAAAGUGGUCAAGGGUCUACGGAACAUUGAGCUAGUGUUUCUUGCUCCCAAUACAACAAGUGUGACACAACCGAUGGACCGGGGUGUAAUCAAGAAUCUGAAAGUUAAGUAUCGAAAAAUGAUCAUCAAAAAACAAAUCCGAUCCAUGGACAACAACACCGAAUUCACAGUGACAGUGCUAGACGCUUUACGGUAUCUCCGACGAGCGUGGUCCCAGGUGAAACCAGAAACAAUCGCCAACUGCUAUUCUCACGCCGGGUUCCGACUGAGUGAAAUCACUCCACCAGCCGUUUCCGUGGUCGACGGCGACGACGAUGAUGACGACGUUCCGCUAGCAACUCUAGUGGAACUCUACAAGAUCCAGCAGGAUGAGAUGGACUCAUACAACAACAUAGAAAUAGAUAUUCAAGUGUGCGCUGAGGUAACUGAUAGUGACAUUGUGAAUGAUUUGAUUAUGGCUAAAAUCUGUGAUGUUAGUGAGCCAGAAAUCGACGACGACGAGCCAGCACCAACACCGCCACCGUCUCUGUCUGACGCUAUGAAAGCGUGUGAAACACUCACUCAGUUCUUCGAGUGCCAGGACAAUUCCAAUCACGAACUCAGUCUCAUGUGUUCUAUGUACAAAUAUCUCUCCAAAUUAGAGUUCAACAAGCGUUCGGCGGUUCAGUCCUCCAUCAUGGAUUUCUUCAAAAAAUAA